AACACUUACUGUCCAAGAUUUGAAGUACAAGAAAGGAAAGAGGGGUUGAGCUUUGUUUCUUCAAAACAAAUCUAUCAUUUCUGUGUCUCACUUUGCUGCCGGAGCAAAACCCAUUUCCUUGAACUCCCACGAUGGCCCAACUAUAACCUCUCUUCUCCUGCUUUUUCUUCAAGUUCCAAUCUUCUUUGGGACAUAUUUUCCAGCAUCGUUCUGACUUUCCUCGCCUUUCUUUCUACUUUGCUUAUUCUGUUAUCGGAGAGUCCAUAUUCUUGUUUUGUUGGGGGAGACAAAAGAAGAUGAAAGGUUGGAGGUGGAUUUGUGUUGGCCUUCUUUAUGCCACCUUUGUGUUUAGGAUUGAUGCGGUUGGGCAGCGCCGCAGUCAACCCACUGAGCGAAUUUCAGGUAGUGCCGGUGAUGUUUUGGAAGAUGAUCCAGUGGGAAGGUUGAAAGUUUUUGUGUAUGAGCUUCCAAGUAAAUAUAACAAAAAGAUUCUGCAAAAGGAUCCAAGAUGCCUAACCCAUAUGUUUGCAGCUGAGAUCUACAUGCAUCGAUUUCUCUUAUCUAGCCCUGUUCGAACCCUUAAUCCUGAAGAAGCUGAUUGGUUUUACACCCCUGUAUACACUACUUGUGACCUGACACCAAAUGGCCUCCCUUUGCCUUUUAAGUCACCUCGGAUGAUGAGGAGUGCAAUACAGCUCAUUUCUUCUAACUGGCCUUACUGGAAUCGGACAGAAGGUGCUGAUCACUUUUUUGUAGUCCCUCAUGACUUUGGAGCAUGCUUCCAUUAUCAAGAGGAGAAGGCAAUUGAAAGAGGAAUUCUUCCCUUGCUCCAACGUGCAACACUGGUUCAGACUUUUGGACAACAGAAUCAUGUUUGUUUAAAAGAGAGCUCGAUUACAAUACCACCAUACGCUCCUCCACAAAAAAUGCAAGCCCACCUGAUUCCUGAGAGAACUCCCAGGUCGAUAUUUGUGUACUUCCGGGGAUUGUUUUAUGAUGUGGGAAAUGACCCAGAAGGUGGUUAUUACGCAAGAGGUGCACGGGCAGCGGUGUGGGAGAACUUCAAGGACAAUCCGCUUUUUGACAUUUCCACCGAGCACCCAACAACAUAUUAUGAGGACAUGCAACGAGCUGUCUUUUGUUUAUGCCCCCUUGGCUGGGCUCCUUGGAGCCCGAGAUUGGUAGAAGCAGUGAUAUUUGGUUGCAUCCCCGUUAUCAUAGCAGAUGACAUUGUUCUACCCUUUGCUGAUGCCAUCCCAUGGGAAGAAAUUGGGGUCUUUGUAGCUGAGAAGGACGUUCCUAACUUAGAUACCAUCCUCACAUCAAUCCCGUCAGAUCUAAUUCUGAGGAAGCAAAGAUUGCUUGCCAACCCUUCAAUGAAGCAAGCAAUGUUGUUUCCACAACCAGCUCAACCAGGAGAUGCAUUCCAUCAAGUUCUAAAUGGACUGGCAAGAAAGUUGCCACAUGACAAGAGUAUUUACUUGAAGUCGGGUGAGAAAAUCCUAAACUGGACUGCAGGUCCAGUGGGUGAUCUGAAACCUUGGUAGCGGCUAUGCCAUUGCAUUCUCAACUCUAACUGGAAUUCUUGGCAUUAUGCCUUUUAACCCACCCUCGUGAUCUUUUAAGAGCGUCUUGUUCUAAUUGAGGUGGUCAUUUGGGUUUAAGUCUAAUUUUUUACUUGGCUAAAAUGCAUUAUACUUUCUUUUCUUGCGCUUUUAUUGAUGCUCGUUUGUUGUAAUUUGCCCUGUGGUUAAGUUCUUGAAACCAGUGACUUCCUUUUUGGUUA